AUGAAGUUCUCCACGAUCGCCAGCGCUUUCCUCGCUGCUUCUUCUGCCAUUGCCGCUCCCUUGGCCAAGAGAGAUGACGGUAAGAACAAGACCAUCUUGCUCACCAACGAUGACGGCUGGGCCGCCACCAACAUCCGUGCAACCUACUCUGCCUUGAAGGAUGCUGGAUAUGACGUUAUCUUGGUUGCUCCAGUGCAGCAGAGGUCGGGUUUCGGUGGUCAAUUCGCCCUUCCUACCACCGAGAAGUUGACCGAGGACGGCGAGUUCUCCUACCCUCCAGCUGGCUCUCCAUCGUGGGGCCACGAGGACAACGACAAAAACAUCUGGUACUUCAACGGUACUCCAGCCUCGAGUGUGGCCUUUGCCUUGAACUACGUGGUGCCACAGCACUUCGACAACAAGUCCAUUGACUUAGUGGUGGCUGGUCCUAACGAAGGUCUCAACUUAUCUCCUGGUAUGUACACUUUGUCUGGUACCAUUGGUGCCACCUACGCCUCCGUGCUCAGAGGCUAUCCUGCCAUUGCCUUCUCGGGCUCCAACUCCAACAACUCCUUCUUCAAGGACGACGAGCUGAGACUCUCAGACGACCUGUUCCCACCUGUGAUUUACGCCAAGAAGGUUGUUGAGAUCGUGGACCGUUUGUUCAACCUGUCAUCUGCCCGCCCAAGAGUGUUGCCCAAGACCACCGGUCUUAACGUCAACUUCCCCAAGGUUGGUGACGAGGACGAAGAGUGCAAGGACCCUGAGUGGGUGUUCACACGUUUGUCUGGCGAGGACUCCCCUGUUCCAAACUUGAAGUACUCCAAUGGCACCGUCAAGUGGUCUGACGGCUUAUUCGAGACCGCCACCGAGUGUGUGUUUGGCGACUGUGACUUGCCAUCUGAGGCGUGGGUGAUCGCCGAGCAAAAGUGCAAGACCCCCAUCUCUGUCUUCUCCAUCGACUACGACGCCUCCUACCAGCAGGCCAAGUCUGUGCAGAAGUACUUGGGCCCACUUUUUGAUUAG